GAAGUUUUUACUUCGUGAAAAAUCAAAUAAGCCCUCGAGUAGUACUUAUAAUAAUGCUUUUAACAUCUUUUAAUACUUUCUGUUCUAAUCUAACUCAACACUAGUAUUUCGAAUUUUUCAACCUUUCAUCUUUCUGUACAUCUAUAUCAUGAUAUGUCUUUGAUUGUUCCUUGAUUCUUGUCAAGAGACUAGAAUCAUAUGCAUCGGACAGGAAAAGUUUGGAGAAGUAUUGAUUCCGAAAAGUCCGGCUAUGAACUUCCAGUCAGCAUCAAUAGAUUAUCGUUAGAGAAAGGCAAAGGAGGUCAUCUUUUAUUUCUGUCAGCGUGCUCAAUAACGUAAUAAUAACAAGAAACGGAGACUGAUUGUAAAUUUGGAGCCAACUGCAUGCAUUCUUCUGUUUAUUUACCGCUCCUUGCUUACAAAUUUCGAGUGCUGCUUAAGAAUUGGACAAACUAGUGCUUCUAAUUGGAUAAAUACUUCUCUUGAUAUUCUUUUAAUGCCAUUACCCUAUUGCAAGAUUUGUAAAUUCUAGACAUGAUCAAAAGCAAAGUAUAAACUGAGGGAAAAGGUUUACUGAAAAGGCCAGAAAAAGCUCAAGGGCUCAUCCCCUUAUGCUUUGCACUGUAAGCGAAGAAACCUCAAGAGGAGGAGAAGAAUAACAAAAAGAAGCAGAAGCUUCAAUUCCACAGUUAAGGCCGUACAAACUUCACCUAUAAAUACUCUUUACAUCCACAAUUGUCUUCAUCCCAGUAGCUUCAUUUGAAUCCAAUCCUUCAGAUUUUGACACGACAACUAAUUUAUUAGUCCAUUGGUCGAUUUUCAUCAAUGGCUCCAACUGUUGUUCUAAGAUCAAACGGAAAAGCCCUUCAUGUAUUGGGAGUUCUUAGUGUUUUGUUACUGAUUCAAAGAGGUAAUGCUUUUGAAUUCAGGGUUGGAGGUCCCAGGGGCAGUUGGACAGUCCCUAAUGAUCCAAAUUCAGCCAGUUACAAUCAGUGGGCAGAGAUGAACCGGUUUCAGAUUGGUGACACCCUAUUGUUUGUUUAUCCUACUGAUAGAGACUCUGUAUUACAAGUAACUAUGGAUGACCACACAAAUUGCAAUACAGCAUCCCCUAUUGCAAAAUUUUCUGAUGGUCACACAGUGUUCAAGUUUGAUCAAUCAGGACCAUAUUACUUCAUAAGUGGAGUGGCUGAAAACUGUCACAAGAAUGAAAAACUGAUAGUGGUUGUAAUGGCAGAUAGAAGCGACCGUUCCAAGCAAACAGUGCCAACUUCAUCUCCUCCUUCACCAUCAGCUGAGGUACCGGCCCCGUCUCCACCACCUAACUUUGAAGAUUCUCCGCCUACCGGGGUGGACUUAAACCCCGUCCCGGCACCCGGUCAGGAGUCUCCGACGAAUAAUGGUGGUGCUUCAAUUGACAUGAGUGUGAUUGGCUCCAUUGGAACUUUUCUUGGUUCAUUUAUCCUUCUUUUAGUUUCUUGAUGUGCACUUGGAAUUGAAAAUGGUUUCUUUUUAUUUUUAUUUUUUCUUACGUUAAUGAAUCUUCUUGUUUGUAUUGAUUAUAUACGGUUGAGAAAUUAGUCCCGUGGAAACCUGGUACUGGCCAGUGCCAUAUUUGUGUAUAAUCUUCAGUGUAUAAAAGAAAAUAAAUUGUCUAAUUUUCUUGGAUUA